CGGCUUCUGAGCGGGAAACUUCUUUGCACUAGCGACGAAAAAACGAAUUAAAAAUGGGUGAUGUUGAGAAAGGCAAGAAGAUCUUUGUUCAGAAGUGUGCCCAGUGCUACACUGUGGAAAAGGGAGGCAAACACCAGACUGGGCCAAAUCUCCAUGGACUGUUUGGGCGGAAGACAGGUCAGGCUGCUGGAUUCUCUUACACAGAUGCCAACAAGGACAAAGGCAUCGCCUGGGGAGAGGGUACACUGAUGGAGUAUUUGGAGAAUCCCAAAAAGUACAUCCCUGGAACAAAAGUGAUCUUCGCUGUCAUCAAGAAGGGAGGAAGGGCAGACUUAAUAGCUUUCCUCAAAAAAGCUACUAAUGAGUAA